UUAAACGCAAGCAAAAUGUUUUUCAUUUUUUUUAACAGGUUUGGUUUCAAAUACGUUAUUGCGCGAUAGGGAAUCCUGAUACUAAAACUUAAGCAAAUAAAAUAAAUUCAUUACCUCGUGCUCUAAAAUAUCGUGUUUUUUCAAAGCAAUAUAGCAAAAUGAAAAAUCCAAGUUUUUGAAUGGUGUUUUGAAAGUUUUCCGAGUCUAAACGUAUCCUUGCAGCUUUAAAAAAAAUGCUCGAUUCGAAUGAAAUCAUUGUACGAGUUAAUGAAGGCCAAAUUCGAGGCAUCAAACAAACCUCUACAGUUUUUCAAUCGCAAUAUUACUCAUUUUACGGUAUUCCAUAUGCUCAACCACCUCUUAAAGAUUUACGUUUCAAAGAUCCGGUCAAAGCCAGUCCAUGGAAACGUAUUCGCAAUGCGAUGACGCCAAGAGACCCUUGUUUACAAUGGUCACCAAUUCAUUGUCGAAUGAUAGGAUCGGAGGAUUGUUUAUAUGUCAAUGUCUACACACCUGAAUUACCACAAGAAAAUCAUUCCCCUAAAGCUGUGCUAGUCUUUCUUCAUCCUGGAAGUUUUAUGUGGGGUUCUCCAAAUCCUGAAGAUCACGGUUCACCCAACUUCCUGAUGCAUCAUGACGUAGUCUACGUUACCGUGGGCUUCAGGUUGAAUAUUUUUGGAUUCCUCAACUUGAAUAUGGAAGAGUGCUCGGGUAAUCAAGGGCUGAAAGAUGCUGUAAUGGCGUUUCAAUGGAUUCGAGAGAAUAUUCACGCGUUCAAUGGCGAUCCUAACAAUAUAACCGCGAUCGGUAGCAGUUCCGGAGCUUUGAUGAUUCACAUGUUACUUUUAUCGCCAUCAGUCACAGGACUAUUUCACAAAGCUAUACUAAUGGGGUUUUACGCGUUCAGUUGUGUGACACCUCGAGUUGAAGAUCACACAGAAAGAGCUUUAAAAUUCGCCCAAGAACUUGGCUUUAAAGGAGACGAUCCUCGAAAAAUGCUGAGAUUUUUGAAAAAAAUGCCCGCUGCUCAAUUGUCUUGUUCUGUGUCGAAUUUUCAAGUCAAACUGUACAAAGAUAUUAUCAAGUCGUACAUUGGAGGUCCUUUCAACGAAUCGCUUGAUUCUACCAUAAUGCCCGUAAAUCCUCGUCAAUUGCUCUCAACGAUGGAACGUAUACCAAUUAUAUUUGGUAUCUGUGACAAAGAGGCUAUAUGCGGAUUCAUUAACAGUGAAGAAGAAACGAUCGACAGAAAUUUGCACGCUGCAUAUCGAAUAGAUCCGUGGUCGUGGCCUCAUAAUUUAACAGAUCAAGAACUCGAUGAGAUGAACAAACAAAUAUAUUCGUUCUAUUUAGAGAAUUUGCCCGAGAAAACAACCGCUUAUUGUCGAAAAAUCGAUAUUAUCACUGACGCAGUGUUUUCUGAAGUUUAUGACACACUGAUUGAUCCAAUUUCGCAAAGUUAUCCAGUUUACGUAUAUAAGUUCCAAUACCCAGGUGAAAUCAGUCUGUUUAGAAGAGCUGUUCUGCAGGGUCUGAGUGAACCAGUUAAUGGUACUUAUCACAGUGACGAUGUCAGUUACUGGGCACAUCAGAUUACGCCAGACAGAAAAAUGACGCUACAGGUUGUGAAUAACUUCACUACAUUAUUCUGCACUUUUGCUAAAACAGGGAAUCCUAAUAACGAAAAUAUUGAAGUGAUUUGGAAACCUUCGACAUCAGAAAAUCCGUGUUAUUUGGAUAUCGAUGAAAAACUCACUAUGGUUGAUGGGAAAUUAAAUGGUGAAAGAUCCAAAUUUUGGGACAAUUUAAAAGCAAAAUUUAAACAUGAUUAAAAUCUAAAAAUGUCUGUAACAUGAGCAAAAAAAUAAAUGAGGAUGAUUUUUUUACUGAUAAAACUCAAGGAAAAGAUGAAAAACAUGUUAUUCAAAUGCCUAUUUUAAUGUUUUUGAGGAGAGAGGGAGUCACUUUUUUUUCGAAAAGAUAAAAGGAGAACGAAGGAAAUAAACGAAAAAUUACCAAGUUAUUGAAACCUAAAAAAACAGAACAUAAACAGCAAAAUGCUAG